AUGGAAAUACACCCAGGUAAGUUUGUCUUCUUCCCAGAAAAUUUCCCAUACUCCAAAGAAGCACGUAUCUAAGGCUGAGUGACUGUUUAGUUACAUUGGAGAGAUUUAGAACGACAAGAUUUUUGGGCAUCGCGCUCGAAAGAACUAAUGGAGAUGGUUUUUUGUAGAUGAAAUUUUCGCAAAUGUAUGUACAUUUUACUUUCUACUGGCAUCACAUGUAUUCGUGCAUGGAUAUGAUGCUGAGCAACUAGGCUUUGUAGCUCAGUUGCAGGUUCGAUUCCUGUCGUGCAGAGCCAGCAGAGGGCGUAUAGUCCCAUUUUUUGCAACAGUUUCUAGUUAGGUUUAAAAAUGUACAGAAAUAUGCGAUCGAAAAUUCCAUUUAACGGCCAACGCAAAAUAGGCGGUUAGACAUGUGAAGUUUUCCUUCUAACGUUGGAUCAAAAUUGUAAUUUAGCGACAGUUUUGUAGGUCAAGCUUAAUAAAGUUGCCGCCAUAUUGUAUUUAUCAUCACAACUGCUGAAUGCACUCAAUGCACUUUUUCUUUUCUGUGUAUUAAAGUAUUUUUCUAUUUAUACAUGAUAUAUAUCCAAUUUUCAAACUCAAAACUCUUCAAGAAAGGUUGCCUCUCCGUUUAAAAAUGGUAUCCAAAACUUUAAACGCGACGUCAGUUUCCUUUCUAUACAUUCUACACUAACGAUAACAUUUUUUUAUUUUCAGCUGACUUUGCGAGGGUCCCACUGUCUUCGAGUUCAUCCAAUUCUGACUAUAUCAACGCAACAUUUGUUGAUGUAAGUUCUGUAUGUUUGUCUGUCUGUAUUGAUUAUAAAGGCUAGCUAAUUUCCACUCGGGAAACUUCCAGCCACUCUCGGUGCGUCCAAUCCCGGACUCACCUGCCUGCAAGUAUGUAUGUUAUAGAGCUACGAGGUCAAGUCGGUUCGAAUGGGUGAUAUUUCGGAACACUAGUUCCUUCGAUAUAUUCCCUGCCCGGUGUGGGCACACUCAGAGACAACAUCACAAACAUAAAUUAUGAUUUAUAUUUUAGUGCCCAACAACAGAUUUAGGCUAACCUAACGUUUACACUAUUAAGUAUUUAUACGAUAACUGUCCGUAGCGGUGCGAAAAAGCACUUAUCUGAUACAGAAUAUAUUUUGAGUGCUCGAUUGCCCAAUUUUUAGGCUUGUGGUUCUCAACCCACUUGUUAUUUCAUUUGGGGGUUUUACUGUAGUCCACUGGGAAAAAUCGCCGAACCGAUGGUCUAGUGUAAUUCAGAAAGUCCACUUAUUCAUUGUAAUUUGAUUUGAUUUCAGGGUUUUCAACAAAAGAACGCUUACAUAGCAACCGACAGUCCGCUGGUUAACACGUUUGAUGACUUCUGGCAAAUGAUUUAUGAACAACGAUCACCUCUUGUGAUUAUGUUGAAUAACUGGAAAGAAGGACGCGAGGUACCUAUAGUCAGCACUUUCAAUACAAUGAACUGCAUUCCGCAUUGCAUUGCAUUGCAUUGCAUUGUACUGUAUUGUUUUGUAUUAAAAUGCAACAAAAUGGAAUGCAACAUACAAUGCAAUAUGAUACUAGUUUACUCACAGGGUAGUGAAUGCUGCCUUGGUGUAGCAUUGUUCCCAAAUCUUUAGUAUUUUAAAGAACAAGAAUAAGAAAUAUUCGUAAUGAAUUGGAAUCAUCCAUAAUUUAUACAUCAACAUUUUCAAUUAGACCAGGAGUUAACGUAAUGCAAUGCAAUACAUUGCUAUACAAUAGAAAAGGAUAACAUAGGGUAAGACGGAAUGCAUGCAAUGCACCGCAACGCAAUGCAACAUAAUACAAUACAAUAUACAACCCAAUACAACACAACACAACACAACACAACACAACACAACACAACACAACGAAUACAAUACAGUAUUUAACAAAAGUCCUAAAUCAAUGUUUUUUUAGAAAUAUCCUGAAUACUUUCCAACCGAAAAAGGAUACACAACGAAAUAUGGCAAUAUUUAUAUCAGACUUGACGAGCAUGUUGCUGAUAAAGCGAUUGUCUUCCGAAAGUUUACCAUUUCCUCAACCUCGGUUUGUAUUUUGAUUUUCCUGUAAAGCAUAGACAAUCGAGACGAAUUGACUGGAAACGCCAUUUUUUGCGCCUUAGCAGGAAAGUAGACAGCUAGAAUUUAUGUUUCGUAGAAAUAUUGUUUGGGGUUAAAUAAAUUUUAUUAAAAAAGCAUAAUAUUAACAUUACCCUUUUAAGUUGCACGAAUGAUGAUAGCUUUUUGCAUUGGCAUUGGAAGUCCAAUCUCUCGAUUCAGGGCAAAUGAAGGUGGUCAACUCUUCAACUCAUGACUCUAUCAAUUCUAUUCAUUUGCAAUUGUCCCCAAAUUCGAGAUUGCUUUAUACAAAGAAAAUAAUUCACAUUAUUUCUUCACUAUAUAUAAAUUUGUCGAUUUACUGCAAGACAAUAGAGAGCUUUAGAUUUUAGUGCGAGUUAAGACAACGGCCGAUUCGUCUAUUUCGAUACGCCAUCGUGUACUGACGCCUUUUAAAUCUCGUAUGCCACAUAAUGGCGUAAUGUCGUAAGAGGAUAACGAGCAUGUGCAAACAACGAAUUCAUAGUAAUGCAUUACAAACUAUCGUAUGAACUAUGAACAGCAUACCACCAAUGUUUCUAAGAAUUGCUGAUUUUAUUUGCUGUAGGAUUUUGAAAAUCCAAACAUUGUCCGCCAUUUCCAAUAUAUACAGUGGCCAAAACGAGGUGUUCCUGAAAAACCAAAUGAUAUGCUUCAGCUUAUACAAACAGUACAGACAGCCCAGCGACAGAAUGUUCAAGGUCCUAUGGUUGUCCACUGCAGGUACAAGAGUACACUUUACUUAUAUUUAUUGGAAAAUUUAACUGACUAACAAAUAAUUUCUUUUGUUGAAAUUAGCAUUGGGGAAAAAUAACUUGGCAAGGGUAAAACUGAAACUGCAUGCGAUAGUCUAAAUACAAAUCAAAACAAUAAUCUUAAUUAGCUUCAAAUUAAUAUUUAACUGACAUAGGAUCUGUUUGCAUGAUCCUGCUUAUCGAGAUCCUUCGCUUAGCGGGACGAAUAUUUCCAAUGUUUAUGCUUAGUGGGACGAAUAUUUCCUUGUGAUGCACCAUAAUCCACAAAAAAGUGAAAAAAUUGCAUAUUCUAAAAUCUACCCAUCAUCUGAAUCUGAGAUUACCUCAAAGGUUGCGAACUGAGAAAUUUUUUCUGCCAUAGCAAUGGUGCCGGGAGGACAGGAACAUUUCUCACUAUUAGUAUAUGUAUGGAAAGAUUGAAAGUGGAACAAAGAGUUGAUGUAUUUCAGUGCAUUAAACUGAUCCGAGAACAUCGUCCACAGUUUGUUGAGAACGAGGUAUGUUGAACGAGUGUAGUGUCUUACUUACCCUUCGUUGCCCCUUAAGUGAUUUUUAGUGAAAAUAGAGUUGAGGUCUGGGUGGUGGGGGAGGAUUUCAGAAAUAUUUUAUAUUUUUUGACGCUUGAUGGCUGCGUAUCUGGAUAAUUCUGAAGGAAAACGACAAAAAAAAUUUAGGUGAAUACUUUCAGAAGCUUUGUGACAGCACAUUUGUAUUGUAUAUAGAACUGCACGUUAAAAAAUCUCUAUCUAUUUUUUCAGCUUCAGUUGAAGUUUUGCUACGAAGUUCUCGCCAAAUACAUCGAAUCAUUUGAGGGAUACUCAAACUUUAUCGCUACAGAUUGAUUUUUACCAUUAAUUCUAUAAAUCUCAUUCACCUGGGGUAACUGUAAUUAAAGUAAUCAGUACUAACUGGGGAUAACUUUAAACUAAUCAGUACUAUUAUUUUGGGAUAACUUUAAUCUAAUCAGUAAUAAUCGAUAGUUAGAUGUAUAACAUUUAUUGCGAUAUAGUCGGUUUAAACAUUGGGGUUUGGUUAACUAAUGAGUAUAUAUAUACGUGGAAUCUCACAGCACAGUAGCCUCCUCUGCUGGCAAAUUAAAGGCGAGUGAGAUUACGAAAUACUUUUGUAAAGGCGAGCUUACGAAAUACGUGGCAGAAAUUUUCUGACUUCCAGCAAUUAAUUGAUAUAAUCUUGAAUGUUCUGUGCCAUUGUAGAUACAUACGCCCGUAUUUUAAAAGCUCACUCACACUCAAUGAGUGGAAGUUCAUCUGAGCUUCUCUCGAGUGUCAUUGCUGUUUUUGAAUAGCUGGAGGGUUAGUGUCGUACCUUACUCACCCUCCAGCUAUUCAAAAACAGCAUUCACACUCAACAUAAGUUCAGAUUGAACCUCCACUCAUUGAGUGUGAGUGAGCUUUUAGAAUACGGGCGAUGUAGUGUCAAUAAUUAGAAAGCUGCGGAAUGAUAUAGGGAUACAACUACCUGAAAAAUACAAGGAGAACUUGGACGUUUUGAGCGAAGGCCCUUCGUCAGUAGGUUAGUAGCCAACUUCCUGAUGAAGACCUUCGCUCGAAACGUCGAAGUUCUUCUUGUAUUUUUCAGGUAGUGGUAUCCCUAUCAAUCCGUAGCUUCCACCAAUAGACUCCUUUCGCAAGAUAACAUCACAACCUCGUCUCAGCCCGCUUUACGCGCGGUUAUGGUUAUGGCGAUAGUGCCUGACACAAACCUUUAUCUGCUCGCUAUCCGCCCCACAAUGUCUCAGAAGAAAUGUCAAUGUCACUGAAUAACAACAACAAUCUAUUAGUUAUAGUUGAAACUACUAAAUAUAUCAUGAAAAUAUAAUUAGUAUUAACCAAUCAAAACGACAGGUUAAAUUUCUAUGUCUGUUGGACUAAUCAGGUGGCUUCAAAACAUGUAUUAUUAUUUGGUUAUUUGACUUGAUUUCAAUAAUGUUGACGCGUAUGUUUUGAUCGAUUUUCUUCGAUGCCUAAGCAGAAUGAAGCCCGUCCUAGCACAUAUCUCGGGCAAGAAAACAAUGUACAAAAUACGUAAUACGAUAAACACCAUAGCAAAAAGGAAAAUCUAUAAUAAAAUGUCUCUCUCGUGAUAUUUUUAUGGCUUUUUCAAACAUCUUUCAACACAAUUCGGAAAUAUGUAUUUACCAAGACCGCUCAAAAAGGGCCUGGAACGAGGUUGUGAAGCUAAAUAACGCCUCCCAAUUCAAUAAUACCGUGAUCUAUAAAAUGUUCCGUAAUUCUGCCACCUAAUUGCCUGCAGAGGAAACUAACAGGAUACUAGGAUAGCAUAGGAUAUCAAUUCCAAGCUAAACAUGCGCACGUUAAACACCCUUAUAUAGACAUUAAUAGAGAGGUUCAGAUUUGACUUCAACUACCGCUGCCAUGAGGAGACCAAUCACAUCCAAUGAACAAAUCAGAUGCGUGAUAAUGGCGUGCAUGAGUGAUAGUGGUAGCAGUAAUGCAAGUAAAAUCUGAACCUCUCUUUUAAUUAAUUAUAUGAGCCUACGGUAUUGCAUACGUCAAAUUCUAUUUAACAUACGUCAAAAUGCGCUUUGUGUUGCAAAUGUUCCAUAAAAUGUUUCCUAUUUAAAUAAGUCGUAUAAAAUGAUAUUAAAAUAUUAUGCAUAUCAAAGAU